GUACGGAAAGACGGGUGUCAUAUCGGGGAUACUCUGCUUGCUCUUGGGAGAAUACACUGAAGAAUGUCUUGUGUGGGAGUUUCAUCUUUCGAGUUGUCUCCAGCCUCAUCUCCGGAAAACUUCAGGAACUGAUCAGAACAAGCUUUGCCGUCUUUCGGUUCUUUUCCCUGAGAAGCUUUGAUGCAUGGAAAUUGUUCCUGCAAUUAAUCAUGAGCUCUUAUGGGAUUGACUAAUUAUUUGGCAACGAGGUACCCAACGACUAACCCAAACCCCCUCCAGAGCUUAAUUUUGUUUAUCAAGGCCGAACUCUGGCCGCCUCAAGAAAGCUCCGACCUGUUCGUUCGGACGACACUCAGCUCAUUAAUAAUAGCCCAGCUCCGCUCUUUCUCUUGUCUUCUUUUUGUGAAGCUAAUAUUUCCAUCUUCUUCUUUGCUCUUUCAUUCUCCCUUCGUUUGAAACGACUGCUUUCUCUCAUUACUUGUAUGGUGUGCUUUAUCUUGCCGCGAAGCUGCAGUGACCCUCGCUUGGAUCCCCAGCAGCCAUUCUCUUGCCAGACUGGAAAUCGAUCCCAGCUACGGAGUACUCUUCUUCGCUAAUGCUGCGGCUAUCUGCUUUCCCUGCCCGUCUGGGCGUGUUUUUAUUCCUCCUGUCCUUCGGAGUAAACGCACAGCCGCAUGGUAACGAACAUGGCUCAAUGGACAUGCACAGCGCGAUGCCUGCAGGCGCUAGCCCAUCAAUGAGUACGAGCGCGAAAGUUGCCGAGCCUUCUGGCCCAAUAAGUUACUUCGCCCAUGGAGAACAUUUUGGAGUUAUCCUGGGUCACAUCGUUCUUAUGGUACUUGCUUGGUUCUUCAUCCUUCCGAUUGGUGUCAUGUUUAGCGUUGCGCGAUCUCACCUCUCUCUCCCCGUUCAAUUCCUCUUCCUCGUCGUCAAUGCGGUCGGUCUGCUCUUGGGCAUUAUCUACAACACCCAAACUCCGGACCUCUAUGUGAAUAAUUCUCACCAUAAAAUUGGGUGGAUCGCUACCUGGGUCAUGAUCGCUGAAGUCGUCAUGGGUCUGCUCUUUGCCUAUUCGGGGAGAAACAGGUAUGUUGCGGGUAGCGCCUAUGAAAGGCUUGCUUUCCUCCCAGUAUCGCAGGAUACGCCACAGGAUAGUCGGGCCUCAUACUCCCGUGGAGAUUAUCAAUAUCGCUGGUCGGGAGAUAGCGGGCAGGGUACCGAGAGAUGCUCUUCGUCUUUGCGUAGCCCUCGAUCUAGCUCGAUGGAGCGAGGGCGUAGCCUAUCUCGGGACAAUGAUGUCGACGAUUUCGAGGAGAAGCCAAUCAACGAGGCUGGCCAUAUCACUAGACCACGAAAAUUUUUAGGAUCUCGCUUCCUGGACAAGUAUCUCGCGCACCGUAUUCCAGGUCUACUUUCUCAGCGCGCUCUGAAUAUUUUAAAGGUGAUAUAUGUUAUUAUCGAGAGAACUAUUCUUCCCCUUGGCUUCAUUGCACUGGUUAGUGGUGGAGUUACCUAUGGCGGCAUAUUUAGAGGCAACAACAUCUUCAAUGGUCUUGCCCACUUUAUCAAAGGAGGUAUUUUCCUGUGGUAUGGGCUUCUCACAUUGGGAAGAUGGCUUGGGUGCUUUGCCGACUUUGGAUGGGCAUGGAACAUCAAGCCAUCCCAUGCCAUUGUUGGAUGGAAAUCCAGGGUACCUACCGGUGAAUUCACCGAGUCUCUUGUUAUUUUCCUUUACGGAUCUAGCAACGUAUUCCUUGAACAUUUAGCCGCAUGGGGAGGAGCUUGGACUGCGCAAGAUCUGGAGCAUGUGUCGAUUUCGAUAAUGUUUUUUGGUGGAGGAUUGUGCGGUAUGCUUUCAGAGUCACAACGUGUUCGGGAUUGGAUAAAUAUGAGUGUGCUCCCUGCGCCAACCAAUGUUGAACAGCCCGCCAAGGACGAGGUAUGGCAAGCGCCGAAGACGCAGAGACUAUCACUCAACCCGAUGCCUGCCAUAGUGAUACUUUUGUUGGGCUUGAUGAUGAGUUCGCACCAUCAAGCAAGUAUGGUUUCGACGAUGGUGCAUUCGCAGUGGGGAAUGCUCCUCGUUGGAUUUUCCAUGGCUCGUGCAGUCACCUAUAUCAUCCUUUACCUCAAUCCACCAAGUUCGUUGCUACCAUCCCGACCACCCUCUGAGCUUGUCGCAUCGUUCUGUCUUAUGUCUGGCGGGCUUAUCUUUAUGCUGAGCACCAAGGAUAUCAUCGAAGUAAUGAUUCACUACGACUUGAACGCAAUGUUUGUGUUUACAGUUGCAAUGGGCUUCACUGCCUUUGUGAUGGCCUGGGAGAUCGUCGCCAUCUCUCUAAAGGCGUGGGCAUCAAAGAAGACUGCUCCUCCGUCUCCUCAGGACCUCCGCUUUCCGGAGUGAAAAAUGAACAUUGUUACUGGCUCAAAGUUGAUGCGCAAUUGAUCUUUUAUUUAUUCCCUCUCUUUUCAUUUACUUGGAUUGCCCUAGUUUUAUACCCCUUAUCGAGUUGGUUCAUCUUGUUGCGAUUUUUGGGUUGUCACCUUUAAAAGGUAAGUAUGAAUUUUUUGCG